AUGCUUGACCAAGCGAUGGAGCUCUUCCGCCGCCUGAUUGGCAUCCUCAUUGCCACCUUCGAUAUUGCGUACACGCUCAUCUACUACGCUUAUGCCACUAUUAUCUACAGCACCGGGGCUGUCUUCCUCCUCCUCUGUUGGUGCGCAUUCUGCGCGCUCACCCAGUCCGUCGCCGAUCACGUCCCUAUCAAAAGGUGGACUGAUCGCCGCCUUCAGGAUAAAUUCUUGCGAAAGGUCAAGAAUAUGGGCUAUCAAGAGCUCAACAUGAGAGCCAGGCUCAUCAAUGUUGGAGAAGACAUCAAGAUGCGCAACGAGGCCAACAACCAGAUUCUCAAGGAGAUUUGCGACGCGGGAAAUUUCAUCAUGAGAAAGGUUAAAUACUAUGAGCCUGAAUUCAGAACUGGCCGCUACGACAUCCAGCCAGUUAUUCCUGGGAUGUUUAUCCCCCCACACCCAACCCCGGCGGCCCCAUCUCCCUUCGCCAUCGUCCGCUGGUGGUUCUCACAAGACUAUGAUAGCCACCGCCUAGAGUGCUCCAUCGCAGGCUUCUCCACACAGCUCACACAGAACAAGCAGAGGCUGAAGGCCCUGGACCAGGAGAGCGAAAGCCUGAAGCUGGAGCUGACCCAGGCCCUGGAGAGGAAGCGCCAGGUGCGGCACGAGCCCACCCUCCCGAACUACAAGCAGAUGUACCGCAACUUCGACGAGGCCCUCGAGACCAUGAGGACGCUCCGGCACAAUCUACCCCUGCACCAGUGCACCUACGUGUGCACAUGUCCGCAGGAGGCGGCUCCCUCCUACCCGGAGUGGCUUGUGCCUCCCAAGCGACUGCGACGGUGGGAGUGGGGUUUGCUGGCCCCGGGCCAGUCGCCUCCCCGGGUGACGUCUCUUCCAGACGUCGGGAGCUGGUCUGCGCCUCCGGCUGCCCCGGCUCUGAGCCAACCUCCUCCUGCUGCCGCCACCCCAUUCACCCCAGCCACCCUCGUCUCACUGCCGGCCCUGUAUCUGCCGCCUCUCUUUGGGCCACCACCUCCUGCUGCCCCUGUGAGGCCUGUCACACCUCCACCACCUCCUCCAACGAGCCUCUCCCCGGCCGAGCGGCUCCGGGACCCUGCCGGUGUUCGUGCCAGGGCUCCUACCCCUCCGCCCCCAGCCAGUCCUCGCUCUUCUCGCCCUCACUCUUGA